CUGAAACAUCUUCACACAAGCACGAUGAGACUCUCACUCCUACUCCCAUUCUUCGGCGUCGUGGCUGCGCAGACGGUGUCCCAUCAAGGCUGCUACGGCUCUGCGGGCUCGCUCACCAGCCAGGGCACCUACAUCUACCAAUCGACUGGCUAUUGCGCCGUCAAGUGCAAGAACAACGGCAAGGCUGUCAUGGCUACUACCAACGGCACUGAGUGCUACUGCGGCGAUGCAUUGCCAGCAGCAAGUGACAAAGUGGAGGACUCGAAGUGCAACACGCCAUGUGUCGGCUAUCCAAUGGAUACAUGUGGCGGAGCCGGCUUCUUCUCUGUGGCAACGUUGUCCGACGGCACUACCGGCGACGGCACUACCGGCAACGCAACUUCCGUUGCGACGACCGCAUCAGCUUCAGCUGUCCCGCCGGUGAUCGCAAACCCUGGAGUGAGCACUGCGGCCAUGACUUCAUCGGGUGCAUCGAUCGCAUCGACCGCAUCGACUACGUCGAGUGCAUCGAGCGCAUCGAAGGCAUCGGCUUCAUCGACUUCCACCACGGCAAGCUACACUGGCGCCGCCGCUCAUGCUGUGGUUGGCAACGGAGCGCUCGCAAUGGGCGCGCUGCUCGCCUUCCUGUAAACACAUCUAUGGGAAAGCGCAAAAGAUGAAGCACGAUGGUGAAGGAGACCCUUUGUGCGACUAGCGCCUGAGUUCUCAGCUUGGUACUUGGUGCCUUCUCCCCACUUCUGGGCACCGUCUGCUCUAGUGUACGGCGUCUAUCCUACCGGGAGCGAUUUCCCUACCAUGAGCUCGACAAGGUAGCCAUUGGCGGUCGAGAAUCAAGCGCUUUGUUGGAGAAAGGUGACUAGAAUACAGUCUAUGAGAAAUCGACAGGACAGAAAUGCAAC